AUGAGCAUUUCACGUGAAGAACAAGGAUACUUAGAUCUGUGCCGUGAAAUCAUUGAGAACGGCGAGACCCGAUCUGAUCGAACAGGCACAGGCACCAAGUCUAUUUUUGGGCCUCCACAGUUGCGAUUUUCUCUUUCUGGUGACACUCUUCCCUUGCUAACCACAAAGCGAGUCUUUUACCGUGGAGUACUGGAGGAGCUGCUAUGGUUUGUCCAAGGAUGUACUGACUCGAAAAAACUUGAAGAAAAAAACAUUCACAUUUGGGAUGGCAACGGGUCUCGCGAGUUUUUAGAUUCCCGUGGACUGUCACACCGGCGUGAAGGCGACCUGGGACCUGUGUACGGGUUCCAGUGGCGACACUUUGGAGCCGAGUACAAAACAUGCGACGACGACUAUACAGGAAAAGGCGUAGAUCAGUUGGCACAGGUGAUCCACACAAUUAAAACUAAUCCAUAUGACCGGCGGAUUAUUCUCUCGGCAUGGAACCCGGCAGAUAUCCCACUUAUGGCGCUGCCGCCGUGCCACAUGUUUGCCCAAUUUUACGUACACAAUCCCAACACUCCGGAGGCUAAGUUGUCAUGUCUUUUAUACCAGCGGUCAUGCGAUAUGGGGUUGGGUGUGCCGUUCAAUAUUGCAUCGUAUGCGUUGCUUACCAAAAUGAUUGCGCAUGUGUGCAACAUGCAGGCCGGCGAGCUAAUACACACCAUGGGUGAUGCACACGUCUAUCUUGAUCACAUUGAUGCACUCAAAGUCCAGAUUGCUCGCACUCCUGGUGAGUUCCCGACGCUUAAGUUUGCACGUGAGAUCAAGGACAUUGAUGACUUUAAGUACGAGGAUUUUAUUUUGGACAACUACAAGCCGCAGAGUAAGAUCGAAAUGAGCAUGUCUGUAUAA